AUGUCGGCAAACCGCAAUAGCCAAAUCUCAAUCUCGGAUGAGAAGGACUUGGAGAAAUCCAAUCACGUAGUGCCUGUUGCGGCGAUAGCUGAGUUUGACGACCCAAAUAUCGACAAAGAUGCUAUCGUCCUAGAGGAUGACUCUCCGUAUCCUGAGGUUCGGUCCGCGGUCGCUAAUAUGGAUGACCCGGAAAUGCCCGUAUCCACACUUCGCUCAUGGACGAUAGGCAUAAUUUUCGCCGUUGUGAUAAGCGGCCUGAAUCAGUUUUUCUUCUUCAGAUUCCCGUCCGUGACCAUUGGAAAUCUUGUGGCUCAGCUUAUUUCCUUCCCUGUCGGCCGAAUAUGGGCACGUUUGAUGCCUAGGGUUACGAUUUUUGGCGUCCAGCUUAACCCGGGACCGUUUACUGUCAAAGAGCAUGUCUUGGCUACAAUCAUGGCUACAGUAGCCGGUGGAUCAGCAUAUGCCACCGACAUCGUCGCUGUCCAACGCGUAUAUUACAAUCAAAUCUACAACUUCUCUUAUCAAUGGCUCGUCGUGAUGUCGACACAGCUCAUAGGAUUCAGCAUUGGUGGUAUUGCACGUCGGUUCCUCGUGCAGCCCCCUUCGAUGAUCUGGCCAGCAAACCUUGUCAACUGUGCACUCUUCAAUACUUUGCAUAGCCAGGUGUAUGCUGGCAUUGGUAACCGAGGAGGUCUUAGUCGCGAGCGUUUCUUCACCUACGCUUUCAUUGCUAGUGCCACAUGGUACUUCUUCCCUGGUUACAUUUUCCAGGCGCUAUCUGUGUUCUCGUGGGUAUGUUGGAUCGCACCCGAUAAUAUCAAAAUCAACCAGCUGUUCGGAUACUCUAGCGGCUUGGGCAUGUCGCUCAUCACUUUCGACUGGUCGCAGAUCGCGUAUAUAGGGUCACCCCUCGCAACGCCAUGGUGGGCAGAGGCAAACAUUGCGGCAGGAUUUCUAUUUUUCUACUGGUUCCUUGUCCCUGUCCUUUACUACUCGAACGUAUGGUUCGCGCAAUAUAUGCCAAUCAGCUCUCGUGGAUCCUUUGACAACACUGGAGCUGCGUACGAUGUAACCCGGAUCCUUAAUGACGAUUCGACGAUCAACCUUGAGAAAUACCACCAGUACAGCCCACUGUUUUUAUCAACAACGUUUGCCAUUUCGUAUGGCUUGAGUUUCGCUUCCAUUACCGCGACUCUCACGCACACUUUCCUCUACUUCCGCAAGCAAAUCUGGGUGCAGGCAAGACGCUCUAUGCACGAGCAGCCCGAUAUUCACGCUCGCCUCAUGUCCGUAUACCCACAAGUUCCCGACUGGUGGUAUAUGAUCAUUUUUCUCUCCAUGUUCGUAUUCGGGAUCAUCUCCAUCGAGGUAUGGCCAACUCAGUUCCCGGUGUGGGCGUUUGUACUUGCCCUCAUAAUUGCAUUUGUCUAUAUCAUACCCAUCGGAAUGAUUCAGGCAAUUACGAAUCAACAGAUUGGGUUGAACGUCAUUACGGAACUCAUCAUUGGUUACGCACUUCCCGGUCGCCCAGUAGCGAUGAUGAUGUUUAAGACAUGGGGUUACAUCACAAUGGCACAGGCGCUGACUUUCACUUCGGACUUCAAGCUCGGUCACUACAUGAAGGUCGCGCCACGCCCGAUGUUCUGGGGUCAAGUUAUUGCUACCGCCGUCGCGGGAACUGUGCAACUCGGUGUUCAAGCUUGGAUGUUCACUAAUAUCGAAAACAUAUGUGAUCCGAAGCAAAAAGAUGGCUUCAUCUGUCCUAGCACAGAGGUCUUCGGGACAGCCUCAAUUAUUUGGGGUGCUAUUGGGCCUGCACUUCAAUUCUCGAAGGGACAGAUCUACUAUGCGCUUACAUUCUUUUUCCUUAUUGGCGUGCUUUGUCCGCUCAUUGGCUACCUCGUCUCUCUCAAGUGGCCGAACUCGUUCUUGCGCUACGUGAACUUCCCUGUCAUCUUCUCGGGCACUGGUCUUAUCCCACCUGCGACAGCAGUAAACUACGUUCCAUGGACUAUCGUUGGUUUCAUCUUCCAAUAUGUCAUUCGCCGGCGCCACUUUAGCUGGUGGACAAAGUACAACUAUGUACUCUCUGCCGCACUUGACUCUGGUGUAGCAGUGUCCAUUAUCUUGAUCUUCUUCUGCCUAGAGUUCCCAAUGAAUGGUCAGAUUGGCAUAAAUACGAUCCAGGCCUGGUGGGGGAAUACAGUCUUCACGAAGACUGGCGAUUGGAAUAGCGUAGUCCUCAAGACCGUCCCUGAGGGCCAGACGUUCGGGUAA